AUGCAAAAUGACAGAAUGGAUCACAUUACACACGGCAAUAUGACAGAGUCAGAUGCCGAGAUUAAGAAAGUAAAGAAGCAAAGAAACAGAUCGACCUUGGUGUGCACCAAUUGUAAACGUCGCAAGACUAAAUGUGACAAAAAACAGCCUUGUACAAGAUGCAUAAACUCUGGUAAGGCUAGUACUUGUACUUAUAAUGUGAUCCAACCAAUCAACUCAUCAAAUACCUUCAAUGACCCAGCAUCGAAUCAGUUUAUACUAUACCCUACAAACGAAGAAUACCUUCCGUUGCAACUUGACAGUUCACAGGCUUUAAAGAGUUCUGGUCUUCCUGAUCCCUUUAGCCCUUUGAGGAGUAUCUCACUGUCAAAUAAACUGACGGCUUCACCACAAUCGCAUUUGCCAAAGUACUCGGAAGGGUUUCCUCUUAAUUACAAACAUAAUGAACAAACAUCUUAUCAGAGCUCGCAAAUCUCAUAUGAUUACAAAUCAAAUUUUCAGCCAAGUUCUAAAAUAACUUGUCAAUCCAGCGUUCUAAACAACACUCAACCGAAUUAUCCAGCUAAUAUUCCAGCCAAUUAUCCCAUUGGUUAUCCCACCACCUAUAUAACCAAUCAGCAUUCUGUACCGUUCCAAGCAAAAUAUCAAUCCGAUUAUCAGAGUGGGUUCCCUAUAAACUACCAAUCAAGCUAUCAAGCAGAACCAGAGAUUCUCGAAAAUCAAGUUAUCAGUAUACCAUCGUGUCAUCCAAACCAUUCAAGACAGUCAUUGAAUCAAACAGAAUUGCUAGGGAAAGAACAUGAUGGUUUGCCAGUUAUGGAUAAGGAUUUGAUUCAACAUCCCGGGAACAAUACAAGUGCAGCAAAGUCGGGAUUGGAAGAUGAUAGGAUCAAGAGAUUAUCUGAAAAAAUCAAUCAAUUAGCGGUAAACCCAACCAAGACGAAUAGAAUCCUAAUGCUACAACUGUUAGAGCAACUAAAGCUAACAUUACAAACAAAAAGUACUGUGCCGGUUUCUCGACUAAGCGAAAAUGCCAAUGUCAUUCUUGAUGCAAAUGUAUGGAAGUUAUCUAAGGAUACAGGAAUAAUCAGAAAUCGAGUUACUACUCUCAAUUAUGCAUCCACUUUAUGGAACUCUAGGGACUUUGUCUAUCUUGCCACUGAGUUAUUUGAUCCUUUAUUGGAACUAUAUUUUAAGCGUUGGGAAAAAGUGAAAUGUAGGAAAGUUCUUAUUGAUUUGAAUUUGACUGAUCGAUCUAAAAUUGAUGGUAUCAUCACUAAGAUCAAGCCGUUUAUGAUCCACAAUCUCAAAGCCAUACAAGAAAGAGUUGAGUAUUUCAAAACCAACUUGAACUUUUUUAUUUUUGGAAAGUUGAUUCCCGUUCAGUUGUUAGAGUCAAUCAUCAACUUCGAUUUGAUAUAUGGUCAUCUAAAGUAUAGUGAGAAGUACAAAGAGUGUUAUUUUGAAAUAGCCCUCAUUUUUGCGAUCAUUAAUAUAUCUGAAACUUUCGAUAAGCUCAACAACACAUCUAAAUAUGAGUUUCAAUUGGAUAAUACAUUUGAAAAUUUGACGGAUGUUUGCAUUUCCUUAAUUAAUAUGACCAACUAUAAACAACGCACUAAUUAUGUUGGUCUUAUCACAUUUCUUAUGAUUUCAUACACAAGUCUCAUUUAUAAUAAGAAUGCAUAUACAGGGUUGAAUCGAGAAUACAUAUACCCUCUUCUUAGGGAACAUAUUGGUAUGUUAUUUCAGCUAGGGUACCAUCUGAAUCAUGAUCCAAAUGACUCUGAAAAUGUAGUUGAAAAAUAUAGAAAUUUCUCAAUUAAAAAGAAGGACUUGUGGUUUCUAUGGAAUUUCUAUCUUCAGCUCGAUGGAGAGUAUUCUGUUAGACUAGGAACUCCACUACUCAUAAAUGAUGAGUUUUGUGAGAAGUUUCACCUAGUUGAUCCAACUGAUCCUCUUGAAAUGAAAUCAAUGAAUUAUGUAAGUUUAGUUAGAGACUUGGCUCAUUUACUCAAUUCAAAAUCAGGUACCAACUAUGGAUCUAUCUCGACCUUCAUGGAUCGUGUGAUGGAAUCCUAUGAUACUUUGGAAUGUUUCAAAACACGCGAGACUCUAAGGUAUCAUGAUAACAACUGCGAUGAUAACCAUAGUAACGGGCAGAGUACCAACGGGAAACUUUAUUACACAGUUGAAGAUCGAUUCAACCUUGAUAUUAAGAUCAAAUAUAUCAAACUAAUCUUUUUCCUAAAUUUACUUCUAUUUUGUUGUUUCAAAAAGGAAAAUAUAAAGAGAAAUUUCCCUGAAAUGGGUUUUGAUUCACCACAUUAUAUCGAAAUUGUUGAAAUUCGAAAACUUUGCGGUAUGAGAAUUCUGCUUCUAAUUUGUCUGACUUACAGGCUGAUUGAGUUUUUAAGCAAUGAUAACAAUGCUACAAAAGAAAUUUUGUUAUGCUUAAGAGGUGAGUUGAUACCGUGUUUUGGUUUCCCUACACUUUGUACUUUGGAUUGCGUUCUAACAUUAUAUGGAGAUGCCUCAAACGAUGAAAGGCCAAACCAAAUUGAUAUCAAUGAUAUUCCCUUAAAUGAACUUGAUGUCAUUCUCAGAGAUGAGCAGUUGAUCAAAAAAUAUAACAAAGAGAUUGGGAUUGGGUAUUUAGACUUCCCGAAGAAUACCCAAUUUAUUAUCCGCAUCUACGAAGCGGCUCGAAGCAAUCCUAUAUUAUCUGAUAAUUUUGAGUUUUACAUCAAAUCAAAGAUUAUUGGAUUGGCAGUAUAUGUUCUCACCAUGUUCAGUGAAUUAAAAAAACAUCAUGAUGUUAAAGAACUCGGAUUGUAUAGUGUUCUUUCUCGUAUUGUCACACAGCGACUAUAUGAAUUGCAACAUAGCAAGUCAUGUAAAAGGGACGCAUUACUCAGUGUAAUUCUUAAUGAUGAAGAGGUAGAGGAAGUUCCCUAUGGUCUGAAUCCAAAUAUUGCAACUCUUAUGGAACAAACAGACCCGCAGAGACUACAACCUGGAAAUAUCCAACUACAACACCAAACUUGGAACGGUAAGAUUGAUUUAGGUGGUAAUAAUCGCGCGAUUCAAUUGCAUUCAUUAAAGACAGAUAAUUCGCAAGACCUUCUCCCUCCAGAUCAACUUGUAUCAAUGAUUCACUUGUUCAUCAACGAUGAAAGGUUUACCUCCGGUAUAACGAGUUUUGACAUUGAUUUUUCUAGAAUGAAAAUGCCAUAG